CCAUGAUUCCAUAGUUUACUUCUAGCGCUUGUCUUAACUCGCUGAAAGGAGCACAUAGCGGUGGAGGAUAGUGGAUCGAGAUAUAAAUUUGAAAGUUGAAAAUCCAUUGUGAGAAAUGUGAGGCCGUAAUGGAGAUACAGACAGAAUAAGGACUCCUUUAGAAAUACUCCCAAUAUUCCAUCCUAUGCAGGGUGACGUAUAAAUGGCCAACAUAAUCCUGCACCUGCAGACUUCAGUGUGCUGUGUAGCACAAUUCAGUAUUCAGUGGAUUGGAAAGUGAAACAAAAACAAUGUCUGCCAAGCCCCCCGAGUCUGAUGGGGGAGGCUCAAUGACUCCCUCGGAGGCGAGUGAUGGGGAGGAACGAAGCGAAAGAGAUUCUGAUUAUGAAACAGAUGAAGAAGAGCAUCAGGAGACGUUAAACAUCCAGUGGACAGGCUACGGAAAGAAGACACCGGUUGUCACUUUCAACCCGGAGCUGGUGCUAGCAAAGAAGGGCAACCUCAAACCUGUGGGAGAGAGAUAUCAUCUUGCCUAUAAAUUUGGAAACUCAGAAUGCAAAGUUGUGAGAACCAUUCUCAACUUCCACGGAUUUCAUGAGGUCCACCCCAACAGCUCCGACUACAACUUUAUCUGGACCGGGGGCCAUCUUAAACCCUUCACGCUACGCAGCCUUACAGAGUUCCAGAAAAUCAACCACUUCCCUCGCUCAUACGAACUGACCCGAAAGGAUCGCCUCUACAAGAAUGUACAGCGAAUGCAGCAGAUAAAGGGACUGAAACAUUUUGACAUUUUGCCAUCAAGCUUUAUACUGCCAAGUGAAUACCAAGAUUUUUGUGCCGCAUUUCUACGAGAGAAAGGUACCUGGAUCGUGAAGCCAGUGGCAUCUUCAAGAGGGAGAGGUGUAUUUCUGUGUAAUCAUCCGGACCAGGUACCGUUGGAUGAGAAUCUCAUUGUUUGUCGCUAUCUUAAUCAGCCUCUCCUUAUUGAUGGAUUUAAGUUCGAUGUGCGCCUGUAUGUUUGUGUUACCUCUUAUGAUCCACUAGUCAUCUAUCUGUUUGAGGAAGGUCUCACAAGGUUUGCCACAGUUAAGUAUGAGAAGAGUGGCCGGCACAUACGUAACCAAUGUAUGCAUCUGACUAACUACAGCGUCAACAAGAAAAGUGACGAUUAUGUUCGAAAUGAUGACCCUGAUGUUGAGGACUACGGCAACAAAUGGUCACUAGGGGCGUUGUUACGAUACCUCCGAUCUCAUGGUCGUGACACGACAGCUUUAAUGAUGAGGAUAGAGGAUGUGGUCAUCAAGUCUAUACUCUCGGUAGAACUGCCGAUCGCCACAGCGUGUAAGAUGUUCAUGCCGUUCCGAGGAAACUGUUUUGAAUUGUACGGUUUUGAUGUCCUCAUUGACGACAACAUGAAACCGUGGGUGCUAGAGGUCAACUUGUCUCCGUCCUUAGCCUGUGAUGCUCCACUUGAUUUGAAGAUAAAGACAAACCUAAUCUGUGAUCUAUUUAGUCUUUCAGGCAUCAUAUGCCAUGACCCAAUGAUGAGGACGCUUCAGCAGAGCAGACGAAAUCAAGAAGUCACUGCCAAAAUUGCGUCCCGGGCGAAGUCUGCACGAUUCAGACCCACUUCUGCCUCCAUGGAUUCUAAACCAUCUCUGAGUUUGCGGAAACAAAGGCCAAUGUCAGCAGGCUCUUCCAAUAACACUCGGACAUCUUCAAGGAACUCAGAACGAGGCUCCAACUCGGACAAACCUGGAGGAAUGUCUGGUCUGACCAGUGAAGAAAUAAAGAUUUUACGCCGUGUGAAGGAGGAGGAGGGUCGGAGUGGUGGCUGGGUUCGGAUCUUUCCUACUCCUGACUCCUGGGAUCUGUACUCAACCUUUCUUCAGUAUUCUAGCACAAAUAACUUCAUGCUGCACAGCAGACUCUACCCUGAAAGACACAAGACAGCUACCAAUCAGCCGAAGACUGUAGGCACAGCCUCACUGGGAUCCAGGGCUAGAAUAAAUCCUAUUUUACGGUCAUCUUAUAAUUACAAAAACACAUAUGCCCAUCUCGGUCUUUCAACGGGAAAGUCGGAUACAGAGCUCGCCGAGUGUUAUGCAGAUGCAAUCAUCAGAACACGGCACUAUGAACGAAAACUUGGAGUUGGUCGCAAUCGACGAAAAGGGAAAAGGAAAAAUCGUAGAGCUAAACCGAAGACAAAAUUAGCACAGGGCGUGCCAGAGGAUGGCGAAGGUGAGGAAGAGGGAGAGGGAGUGGAGGAAGAUGCAGGAGGAGACAACCCCAGCGCUAAGGAGGAACAGAGAACCACUGUUACUUCAUACGAAUCAGGGUCCCAAAUUGACAGAGUUCCUGUGGAAGGGGAGUCUGAAAAUUCACAAAAUACUGCAGAUACAAUGAAAAAACAAGUGUCUCAUUCACCAGAUGACCCCCCUCCAAAACCCAGUAAAACAAUAGAAAGACUGCCCCCCAAACCCCCAGUCACCACCAUUAAUACAGGGGAAGCCCCUCCUCGGGGGCCGGACAAGGAUGCAGAAUCCCAGUCUGUUGUAGCACCGUCCAAACCACCCAUCCCUCAAGAACCAAAGCUCAAGGUCGUUGAGAUGCUACAUAAAGGCAACUCUCUAAGUAAGGUACAGGCCCGCAGUGCGUUCGCCAUGUAUCUGGUGAGAGUCCAGCAGCGUCUCGUGUCGGAACACAGUCCUACCUCUCAGGAAGACAUUGAUGCUCUUAAUGAGCAAAUGGACUUAGUUUUACGAUUUCUGAAAAGAGCGGCUGUCAAUUUACAACAGCAGUUCAAGGUCAUCGUACCGAGUCGUAAAUUACCACUGAACGACCGACGCCGGAUUCUAGCCAAACAGCUCGGAGAUUUUGUACACAUUUAUAACAAGGAAACUGAACAAAUAAGAUUGAAGAAAUUGGCGGAACAGAGACAGGGUAAAGUGGCAGAGUUACAUCCCCGAGGAGAAAACCUGUGUGACAAAAAAUUCGAAAAGUUUGUCAACAUUGCCAGUGAGGGGGAGCUUGAGGAGGUGCUGACUACAUACACACGUAUCAACAAAUCAGCCAGCAUAUUUCUGGGGGGAGGAGACGCUAGCAACAAACCAACCACCACUGAAAACAAUGGCUCGCGCCCUAGUUCUGUGACACAACCUCGAGCUUCUGGGACAUCGGCUUCAGAUACAGGUCUCCAGAAACGGAGGGACAGCAUCUCAAGAGAGAGACGAGACAGCACGUCGCAGGACAGACGAGACAGUGUCUCAAAUGAAGUGUGCCCACUACUACCUUCCAUACUCACCUCCUUUACUCCAGUUUUUAGCGGCACCUCUCAUGUAGGCGACAGCAAGCCUGGCACCUCCUUCACUGCAGCUGACUCGGGGCACGGUGGUACGUCUGUGUACCACACCCCGUCACAGUCAUCUUAUGCAAAUGCCGUCCAGAUCUACACACAAAAACUGGGUGUGUCUAAUCGUCCGCGGUCUGCUUCCAGUCAACGUCCAGCAUCGUCCACUGGGCCGCGACACCGACCAAUGUCUGCUGCGCUGCACAACCGUCCCACCUCAGCCAGCACUUACUCGACAACAGACCCUACUGUUGACUCCUACAAUGACCAAGCCAUACAAGACGCCCUACAGAAACUGGCCCUUCGUCAGCAGUCACGGCAGUAUUCUGCCCACAAUGGCACAAGUGCUAUAGGAACGGACGCUCAAGUGUCAAGACCCCCGACAGGGAUGGUGUCAAAACCGUACAGACCAAUGACUGCAGGCGAUAUCAGUAGUACUUAUAAAUCCACUCAUUCUUUCCCAAAUGGUGGCUCGGACAAGAGCAAGGAACAGCCCAAGUAUAUAUCUAUGGAGGAACAUUACCUGAAGUCACGACCACCACCUGGCCCGGCCCAACGCAUCCAGUCAGCUGGGGUUGUGGGCCGUAAUCGAAAUGCAAAUGCAACUUUCAAUAGUUUUAUAGAGGACACUGACGGCACACACCAAGGGGAUCUGGCCGUGGCUUACAACCAGGUGACAGGUGUGUUGCCUAGCAACUACAAUGCUGCGUCACAGUCCAGUAAACAGUUCCAGUUGGUGCAGCAGCACCAGGCUCUGAAACAGCAGAGCAAAGCCAUGUUAGAGCAGAGCAAGGCCAAGCACCAGGCCAUGGUAGCCCAGGCCUAUGCCAUGCAGAAGUCACUACAGGGCCAUGGGCCCAAGGCCACGGACAUGGAGAGCGCUGUACAAAAGCCACCGCCUAAACCUCACUACCGACACAUGGGACCUGUCGAGGUGGAGAGUGCCAUACAGAAGUACGCUCCCAAACCACCCCCACAGCCCUCAAACACACGCAAGGCAGGCAUGCACCGGGUACAAAGGAGUGCUGUGCCUGAAGAUUCACUUAGCUUCAACUUUCACAACAGUCUCAAGUAUGAUAUGCACACUGGACAGAUGCGCCCUUCGUCAGACCAUCAUACCAUCAUUUACCGAAAACAACCUCAUCAGGAGUGGCUAGGAUGGUAGGAUCUCAACUAUUCGAUGAUGGCUUUGGCUGAAAACUGUGAUCCCAUCCAAGGGCAAA